AUGAAUAUCGAGACAAAUUCAACAGUUGGUUUGAGUACGCAAGAUGCUCUUAAAAAGUUACAUGAAGACAUUAAGAAAGUCGUAGAUGCAGAAUAUGAAAAUCAAAAGAGAAAAAAACUUAAAAAGGAUCUAAAUCAUAAAAUUCUAUCCAAUUAUUCAAUUUUUAUUUCACUUUUAGUGAUCGCAGGACUUUUUAUAACAACAUAUUAUUUUACGGGAGUGCUUGUACUUUUGUUACUUAUUUUUAAUAUAUAUUUUGUAUAUCGAGAGGAGAAACUGAAAUCCACAGAAAUGUUAAGAAAAACACAAGAAUUACUUGACGAAAUAGAAUUGUCAAUAAACCUUUCAAAAGACUGGAAAAGUAGCAAUUAUCCUCCAUUAUGCUCUCCAUUAUCUCCUUGUAUAAGUCUGAGCUGGUGUUAUCGUGAUCAUGAACUUCGAAAUUUACCGACUGCACUGCUUGUUGAAGGAGACGUUAUUAUCCUUCGAGUAGGUCAAAUAUCUCCAGCCAAUGUCCGUGAAAUAACGAAUCAUUCAAAACCAAGAUCGUUUAAACUUGGUGAAACUUAUGGACAUAGCUCAAAAUUUGGCGAUGCACCAACAAAACCAAUUGCAGUUCAACCUUUACCUGAUUUAAUGUGUAUCGUUGAACAUACACCAUUUAUUGAUAAUCUGGAAUAUUCAUUAGAACAUUUUUUGGAUCGUCCACCAACGUUCCAUAAUCAUCAACGUCAUAUAUUGAUUAAUAUUUACUUACAAAAAUAUGUUUUUAUCAUGGUCCUUUUUCUCGUUAUUGGAACAAUAAUUUUGAGAGCUUUCGACAGCUACUUCUUUAAAGGAAAAAUCAUGCACACAAAUUGGACUAACAUUGGAAUUUUGAAUUGCGUCUCAUCACUCUUUAGUUUAUCGCCAUUAAUUUUCCCUUUACUUUGGAUUAAUCUCCAUCAUUGGGGAUCAGCACGACUACAGACAUUGCUGUCAAUACCACAACCUCUUAUGCAAGUUGAGAAAUCUAAAAGUUCUCCAGAAAUGAUGGAUACACCAACGUCAGAUUUGGAUAUGCCCAUAAUACCACGAAAACAAGUAUUUUUCAAUUAUUUGAGGAUUCUUAAUGGAAGUUGUGACUUGUUAAGUCGCUCAACUAAUAUAAUUCAAGUUUUGGGAUCCGUUUCUGCAUUUUGCUGUGUGGAUAAAAAAGGACUUUUGUCAUGGCCGAAUCCAACACCUGAAAAAGUAUUUUUUCUACGUGAUGCCAACGUCGAUGGAAACUCAAAAAAUUCAAGUGAAUCGAGCUUAAACUCGGAAUCGACAGAUCAAAAUGAACAAGGAACAGUUGCUGAAGUUUUGGAUGUAACAAAUGAUCAAAACAGCCCCUUUAAAUUGGAAUUUGAUGAUCACGAGUGGAAGAAUCAUUUGAGCUCAUUAAAACCUUUAGGUCUAGCUAUUUUGGUCAACACAUGCUGUGAUAAGACACAAUAUGCAUACUCUAAAUUCUGCAGUCACAUCGCAGCAGCAUCAAUGAUUGAUAAAAAUUUAGUUCCAGUUACAAAUCGGUAUGAUUUAUGUGCAAGUUUUAUGCAUGGACGAUGUCUAUGUGAAUUAGCAAGACAGAUUGGAUUUUUGCCUCAAGCAAAGAACAUUUUUAACUUUGAAGGACAAAUUUCAAGCUAUCGUCAUUUGCAACCGGAAGUGAUAAGACGUGAUACACGUUUUGCAAAAUCCUUGCAUCUGGCAACAAAAAUCAAGAUCCCAUUUCCACAUUCAUUAUCAGUUGUCAUCAGAGAAUUUCAUGGCGGUGCUUUACAACUUUUAAGUCAAGGCACAGCAGACAUAAUUUUAGAUUCAUGCGAUGAUUUCUGGAGUGGAAAGGAUUUGCGACCAUUAAAAGAAGAGGAAAGAAAACGAGCUCAAGAUUUUUAUCAAAGAAAUGCACUCACUGCAUACUGUACAGCAUUUUCAUACCGUCCGCUUCGUCAUGGAAUUACAGGAUCGUUAGCAGGUCCAAAACCAUCCGAUAUAUCAUCAUGUGAUGUGGCAUAUUUAGAACUUCCACCAGAAACAUUUAAACGAUUUAGGCAUUCUGAGAAGAAUAAUUGUGAUUUUGAGGGUCAUUCGAUGUCACAUUCAAUAAGUUCAGAUUCCUUGCUCUUUUCUGAUGUUAAGGAAGAACCAGUAAGUGACAUUGACGGAUGUUUUGAAAUGCAAUCGCAUCAAAUUUUCAUAGGAAUGGUCACGAUGCAAUAUCAAGCAAUAUCUGAUAUUGUGCAGCUGAUUGAGAGAUUCGAGAAAGCCUGCAUACGAUUUGUCCACUUUAGUAAGGAGAAUGAAUUAAGGUCAAGAGUAUUUAGUGAAAAAAUGGGACUUGAAUCGGGAUGGAAUUGUCAUAUAUCACUUUUAGAGCCAGAUGAGCACAAUUCGAUUCCUUCACCAAAACAUUCAAAAAGUGUCGACGUCAAAGAAAAAGAUCAAGAAACUAAAGACAUAACAGACGAAUAUUCACGUCUCUUACCUCAUUCGAAUUUUGAAUCAACAAAAAUGUUAUCCUCGUCAGCUCCUUGUGCGAUAUCAGAUCCAACAGAACAUCCAAACAACGAAGUUAAUGAGGAUGAAAAUAAAGAAACGUCUAGAAAUAGCUCAAUAUCAAAUCAUGAUUCCGUGAUGGAAGGCUUGCCAAAUGAGGAUAUCCAAAACCAAUCGAUAAGUAUUACAACAGACAGUUCUGAACAAAGUAAUCCAAUUCCAAUUUACAUUUCAAACCGUGCAAAAUUACCGAGGGGAAUCAAAAAUAUUGAGCCACAUAUAGAAAAUGUCGAUAAUGUCCCAUUACUUGUGUCAUUAUUUACUGAUUGCUUGCCUGAAGCAACAAAAGAAAUGCUAAGGAUUAUGCAAGCUCAUGGAGAGAUUUGUGUAGUCAUGGGAUCUGCUGCUAAUGCUAAUUCAAAUUGCCAAAUCUUUCUUCAAGCUAAUUGUGCAAUCGGCUGUGAGCCACUUUAUCCAUCAGUUUGCCAAAAUUUACCAGCUUAUACGGAAUCGAAUUUGUAUAACAAUAAGCAAAAAUAUUUAAGGAAUGAUCGAUCUAGUAAAUGGUACGAUAUACAAAAGAGCGUGACUAUAUCACCAAUUUAUCUUAGUCGCAUGUUAAAUUCACUUCCAUGCUCCAUAUCUGUACGACGUGAUGAGCCAAUAUCAAUUUUGGGACUCAUUGAACUGGCAAGGAAAUUUUCAAUUGGUCUUUGGAAUUGCGUUCAAUUCUAUUCAUGUACAGCAAUUAUGUUUUCAAUACUCAAUAUGCUAAGCUGUGCAAUGAGCUUACCACCAAUUAUCCUGCCUGAUUUAUUACUUUAUCUCAUGUGCUUUAUUGUAGCACCUUUGGCAAUUUCACUCGUUCGAAUUGAAUUCGAUGCAAACAUUAUGAAUCGUGCAUGCGGAAAAAAGUCAAUGUUUAAGGUCGACUUUAAUACAUUUCUAUUCAUCCUUUGGUGUUAUGGGGCUAAAUACAUCGUAUCUAUUGUCAUUCUUAUCGUCAUCUAUCUAUUCACUGUUGAUCACAUUGUUUUUGAUUUAGUAGCGGCGCAUGAAGAAGAUUUUAUAAAAGACACAACCUUAGCACGUCAAUUUAUCCUUUUUGGAGCUGUUUUGCAUUUAGUUAUCAUUUCAUCAUCAUUUGUUCAUCGUGAUUACUCAUUUUGGCAAAAAAGUCCAACGAGCAACUCAUGUUGGAUGAUCACGAGCUUAAUUAUAUUGGUAGCUCACUUUUUACUAUUUAUAUGCCAAGUCGUAUUUAACGAAUACAAUUUACAAGAGAUGAAUGAGAAAUGGCCAGCACUAAUCGUGCUAAUAGCUUCAGUGAUUGUUAUAGCAGGUGUUGCUGAGUUAUGCAAAUAUUAUGAGAUAAAGAAGGAGUCAAGAGGGCAUCGAAGAGCGAGAUUAGAUUUUGGUACAAAACUAGGAAUGAAUUCACCAUUUUAA